AUGCUCAAUUUUACUGAUGUGACAGAAUUUAUUCUUUUGGGAUUAACUAGUCGCCCUGAAUUACAAUUCCUUUUCUUUGUGGUUUUCUUGCUGGUCUACAUUAUCACCUUGGUUGGGAAUAUUGGCAUGAGUAUAUUAAUCAGAAUCAGUCCCCAACUCAGCAGCCCCAUGUAUUUUUUAUUCAGUCACUUGUCUUUUGCAGAUGUGUGGUUCUCCUCUAAUGUCACCCCUAAAAUGUUGGAAAAUUUGGUAUCUGAGACUAAAACCAUCUCUUAUCCUGGGUGUAUAGUGCAGUGCUUUUUUUUCAUUGCCUUCAUCCUUGUGGUGAUGGCCUUUGAUAGAUACAUGGCGAUUGGCAACCCUCUACUUUACGGCAGCAGAAUGUCAAGGACUGUCUGUAUUGGGCUGGUCUCUUUUCCUUACAUAUACAGCUUCUUUAUUAGUUUGAUCUCAACACUGUGGACUCACGGUUUGUACUUCUGUGGGAACAUUGAAAUCAACCAUUUCUACUGUGCAGACCCAGCUCUCAUCAAAAUGGCCUGUGCGGGGACCUUCAUUAAAAAAUACACUAUGCGCACAUUGGCAGGUCUCAACUUCUCCUAUUCCUUAUUAGUCAUUAUCGUCUCUUACAUAUUUAUCCUUAUUGCCAUCCAAAAAAUGCAUUCAGUGGAAGGAAGAAAGAAAGCCUUCUCCACGUGUGGAUCCCACUUAACAGCUGUCACCAUAUUUUAUGGAACGUUCUUCUUCAUGUAUCUGAGAAGCCCAACGGAGGAGUCUGUGGAGCAGGGAAAAAUGGUGGCUGUUUUUUACACCACAGUGAUUCCUAUGCUGAACCCCAUGAUCUACAGUCUCAGGAACAAAGACGUGAAGGAAGCCAUGAGUAAAGCAAUGAGUAGAGCAUUUUCAACUAAGUAA